CACCCCCCUACAAAAAUGUAUGCGUGCACUACUGUAAGAGGGUUUUUACACUGACUAAACUUGUUGCCUUCCAUUUGUUUAUUUUGUCAUUUAGCAGACGCUGUUAUCCAGAGAAAUUAAUGUUAAGUGCCUUGGUGAAGGGCAGAUGGACAGAUUUUUCACCUAGUCGGCUCAGAUUCAAACCAGCGACCUUUCGGUUACUAGCCCCAAUGCUCUUAACCGUCGUGGCUGCAUUCCAGAGGAUGCGCACAGAGCAGCGCAGCAUGGCCUCCAAGGCUGCAGAGUUGGAGAUGGAGAUCAAUGAGCAUAGCCUAGUCAUUGAGACCCUAAAAGACGUAGACCCAACAAGGAAGUGCUUCCGGCUGGUGGGUGGGGUGCUCGUGGAGAGGACAGUUAAGGAAGUCUUACCAGCUCUGGAAAGCAAUAAAGAACAGAUCUCAAAGAUUGUAGAAUCCCUCAACACACAGAUGCAGUCGAAAGGCCGGGAGCUCACAGAGUACCGGGAAAAAUACAACAUCCGAUUGGUGGGAGAAGGGGAGGAAGGCCGGGGCAAAUCUGCAGCGUCCUCCAAUGGGGGCGAAGGGAGCGCGUCUAAAGGCGGUGCCGGCGUUCUAGUUUCGUAGCUUUGUGAAAAGGCUUUAGUAAAAUAGGAAAUUGUGCAGAAUGCCAUCAAGCAUCGAGUCAGCACAGACCCUGAAAGGCAUUUCAAGGGCCCGAGUUUUACGUAUGUCUUGCAUGAAGGUUAUAAACCAAUGUUACAAGGGCCAGAUUCUCAAGACCAUUCAAUUGAGAUAAAUUAAGCCAUGUGUUAUUGAAUCCUUUUCACCUAUAGUUAAACAAAACUUAAGCCAACAAUUUACUUUGGUUUAUUUUCUCUUCAGACAUGAACAAGCCUUUCGCCUUUUACUCGAGGCAGUGUUUCAUCAAAAUCUUACGUGAUGAUAGUUGUAUUAAACAACAUGCCUUCUUGAUGACCA